GUCUCGGUCAAGUUUGUGUGAAAGAGAAAAACUUAUAGUUGUCCUGAGUGCGACUCUUUCGGUUCACAAUUAUUGGGUGGUUAAGGCGCAGUAGUUGAACGCGGCAAACUGCCUGUCGUCGAGAAGACAGCGACAGCGUCGGACCGUUCGCAACCGGCCGAAUUAUAAACCACGUGGCCGGCUUCUAAACCUCAAAAAAAUGGAAAAUGAUGAUUUGAGCUGCGACUUAGGCCCGCUGUGUUGCCUUAUGCUGGAGGAUGGAACUAUACUUCAUGGUAGGAGCUUUGGUGCUCAAGUGCCCGUUGAAGGCGAAGUUGUUUUUCAAACGGGCAUGGUAGGAUAUCCGGAAUCCCUGACAGAUCCGUCGUACCACGCACAACUACUGGUGUUAACUUAUCCUCUCAUUGGAAACUAUGGAGUUCCGGAUGAGAACGACCGAGACGAACACGGUAUUAGCAGGUGGUUUGAAUCCGACCGUAUUUGGGCAGCUGGUUUGAUAGUGGGGGAAGUCAGCAAACGUGCUUAUCAUUGGCGUGCCAAAUGUUCCAUAGGAGCAUGGCUAGCCCAGCAUCGGGUCCCUGGUAUAUGUGACAUUGAUACACGCGCUCUAACUUGCCGUCUCAGAGAAGGUAUAACUCUCGGGAAAAUCAUACAAGGCUUACCGCCGUCUACUCCACUUCCACCGCUCACAGAUCCGAACUUACGAAACUUAGUUGCCGAAGUGUCUAUAAAGCAACCACGAGUUUUUAAUAAAAAUGGAGAGAUAACAAUUUUGGCAAUCGACUGCGGUUCAAAAUACAAUCAAAUUAGAUGUUUUAUCAAAAGGAACGCGAAAAUCGUUCUAGUACCGUGGGACUACAAGCCCAACCCAAAUGAAUACGAUGGCUUGUUCAUAAGCAACGGGCCAGGCGAUCCGGAAAUUUGCAAAAAAGUUGUAGAAAACUUACAAUUUGUUAUGAAAAAUCAAAAUAUUGUAAAACCUAUUUUUGGUAUUUGUCUAGGACAUCAACUAUUAUCUACCGCAGCAGGGUGCAAAACUUACAAGACCAAAUAUGGCAACCGUGGUCAUAACUUGCCGUGUACUCACAGUUCCACUGGCAGAUGUUUCAUGACUUCGCAGAACCAUGGCUACGCCGUCGAUGCCGAUUCUUUGCCUGAAGGAUGGAAAGUUUUGUUCACCAAUGAAAAUGACAAGACUAACGAAGGAAUCAUUCACAAGUCUGCGCCUUAUUUCAGUGUUCAAUUUCAUCCUGAACACACUGCGGGCCCUACGGAUUUAGAGUUUUUGUUUGACAUUUUUGUUGAUGCAGUUAAAAUUAAAAGUUAUAAAAAUAACGUAAAUUGUGUUAUAGAUGAAAUGAUAAAUGAAAAAUUGAAAUUUAUUCCAACAAUUCACGAUAGACCGAAAAAAGUAUUAAUCCUAGGCUCCGGAGGCUUAUCAAUAGGACAAGCCGGAGAGUUCGAUUAUUCAGGUUCGCAAGGCGUGAAGGCUAUGCAAGAAGAAAAAAUUCUAACAGUUCUUAUAAAUCCUAACAUUGCCACUGUACAAACUUCUAAAGGUUUGGCGGAUAAAGUUUACUUUUUACCUAUAACUCCUGAAUAUGUAGAACAAGUCAUAAAAGCAGAAAGACCAACGGGGAUUUUGCUCACUUUUGGCGGACAAACUGCACUAAAUUGCGGAGUGGAACUACAAAAAUCUAAAAUAUUUGAAAAAUAUAAUGUCAGCGUUUUAGGCACACCCAUUCAGUCGAUAGUUGAUACUGAAGAUAGGAAGAUAUUUGCAGAGAAAAUCAAUGCGAUAGGAGAAAAAGUGGCACCAAGUGCAGCAGUAACAUCAGUCGAAGAAGCACUCGAAGCAGCUCUGCAAAUCGGGUAUCCGGUGAUGGCUCGCUCAGCCUUUUCCUUGGGAGGAUUAGGCUCUGGUUUUGCGAACAAUGAAGAUGAACUCAAAACAUUAGCUCACCAAGCUCUUUCACAUUCCGAUCAACUCGUUAUUGACAAAUCUUUGAAGGGGUGGAAAGAAGUUGAAUACGAAGUCGUAAGAGACGCUUAUGAUAACUGCAUAACUGUUUGUAAUAUGGAAAACGUUGACCCAUUAGGUAUACACACUGGAGAAUCUAUAGUAGUAGCGCCAAGUCAAACUUUGUCUAAUAGAGAGUAUUAUAUGCUUCGAAAUACGGCUAUAAAAGUUAUACGACAUUUUGGUAUAGUCGGCGAAUGUAAUAUACAAUACGCUUUAAACCCGAAUUCUGAAGAAUUUUACAUUAUUGAAGUAAAUGCAAGACUUUCGAGGAGCUCAGCAUUAGCCAGUAAAGCAACAGGUUAUCCAUUAGCAUAUGUGGCUGCAAAAUUAGCUCUCGGAAUAUCCUUGCCUGUUAUCAAAAAUUCGGUUACUGGAGUAACCACAGCCUGUUUUGAACCAAGUUUGGACUACUGUGUUGUUAAAAUCCCAAGAUGGGACCUCGCCAAAUUUAACAAAGUGAGUACGAAAAUUGGAAGCUCUAUGAAAAGUGUUGGGGAAGUCAUGUCUAUCGGCAGGACUUUCGAAGAAGCAUUCCAAAAAGCUUUGCGGAUGGUUGACGAGAAUGUAAAUGGUUUUGAUCCGAACAUCAAAAAAGUAAACGAAAAUGAGUUAAAGGAACCAACAGAUAAACGUAUGUUUGUGUUGGCUGCAGCCUUAAAGAACGGAUUUAGUGUUGAAAAGUUGUAUGAGUUGACUAAAAUAGACAAAUGGUUCUUAGAAAAGUUUAAGAACAUUAUUGACUAUUACAAAACUCUUGAAAAAUUAGAUUCUGGAACAAUUACAUCUGACAUUUUAAAGCAAGCUAAAAAAAUGGGAUUCUCUGAUAAACAAAUUGCUUCUGCAAUAAAGAGUACUGAAGUAGCGAUCCGUAAAUUAAGAGAAGAAUUCAAAAUAACACCAUUUGUUAAACAAAUAGAUACAGUUGCUGCGGAGUGGCCAGCUACUACCAACUAUUUGUAUUUAACCUACAAUGGAAGCACACAUGACAUUGAAUUUCCGGGAGAAUUCGUUAUGGUUUUAGGUUCAGGGGUGUAUAGAAUAGGAAGUUCGGUAGAGUUCGAUUGGUGUGCCGUAGGAUGUCUCAGGGAAUUAAGAAAUCAAGGUAAAAAAACAAUAAUGAUAAAUUACAAUCCUGAAACAGUUAGUACUGAUUAUGACAUGAGCGAUCGUCUCUAUUUUGAGGAAAUAUCAUUUGAAGUUGUAAUGGAUAUUUAUGAUAUUGAAAGACCUAGUGGUGUAAUAUUGUCUAUGGGGGGACAGCUACCAAAUAAUAUUGCUAUGGACCUUCAUAGGCAACAAGCAAAAAUAUUAGGUACAUCGCCGGACAUGAUUGAUGGCGCUGAAAACAGGUUUAAAUUUUCGAGAAUGUUAGACCGGAAAGGUAUUAUGCAACCAAGGUGGAAAGAACUUACGGAUUUAGAAUCGGCUAUUGGAUUUUGUGAGGAAGUGGGAUACCCAUGCUUAGUGCGUCCAUCGUACGUUUUAAGCGGUGCUGCAAUGAAUGUGGCUAAUUCUCAUCAAGAGUUAGAAACAUAUUUGAAAUCUGCAAGUCAGUUAAGUAAAGAACAUCCAGUAGUAAUUUCUAAAUUCAUUAUGGAUGCAAAAGAAAUAGACGUAGACGUUGUAGCAGCUGAUGGAAUAAUUUAUUGCAUGGCUGUUUCCGAACAUGUUGAAAACGCCGGUGUGCACUCUGGAGACGCAACCCUAGUAACCCCGCCACAGGAUAUUAACAACGAAACUUUAGAAAAGAUAAAAGAAAUAUCUGGAAUCAUAGCUGAAACUUUAGACGUAACUGGUCCAUUUAAUAUGCAACUGAUAGCAAAAGAUAAUGACCUAAAAGUUAUCGAAUGCAACGUUAGGGUAUCGAGAUCUUUUCCAUUUGUGUCUAAAACAUUAGAUCAUGAUUUUGUGGCAAUGGCCACUAAAAUUAUUCUGGGACUACCAGUUGAACCGGCUAAUGUGAUGGCGGGAUGUGGAAAGGUUGGAGUAAAAGUUCCACAAUUUUCAUUUUCAAGACUGGCCGGUGCAGACGUUACAUUAGGUGUGGAAAUGGCAUCUACUGGAGAAGUUGCAUGUUUUGGAGAAAAUCGAUACGAGGCAUACUUAAAAUCGUUAAUGAGUACAGGCUUCAGGAUUCCAAAAAAAGCUAUUUUAUUGUCUAUAGGAACAUUCAAGCAUAAAAUGGAAUUAUUGCCGAGCGUUCGAUCGUUACAAAAAAUGGGAUAUAAACUUUACGCUAGUAUGGGUACUGGUGAUUUUUAUACAGAGCAUGGAAUCGAGAUAGAGAGUGUCCAGUGGACAUUUGAGCACAUAGGAGAUCCAGAAGAUGAUAGGUUUGACGGCGAACUAAUGCACUUAGCCGAUUUUAUGGCUCGCCGACAAUUAGAUUUGGUGAUCAAUUUACCGAUGCGAGGUGGUGCCCGUCGUGUUUCUUCAUUUACUACGCACGGAUACCGGACCCGGCGGCUCGCUGUUGAUUAUGCAGUACCUCUAGUGACCGAUGUCAAAUGCGCCAAGCUCUUAGUGCAGGCAAUGUCACAAUGUGGCGGUGCUCCUACAAUGAAAACUCAUACUGAUUGUAUGACGUCACGGAAUAUUGUCAAAUUACCCGGCUUCAUUGAUGUACAUGUUCACGUCCGUGAACCCGGUGCAACAUAUAAGGAAGAUUUUGAGACCUGUACCGCAGCCGCAUUGGCUGGUGGUGUAACGAUGAUUUGUGCUAUGCCCAACACUAACCCCUCAAUCGUUGAUCGUACAGCAUUUGAUUACGCUUCAACAUUAGCAAGAGUUAGUGCCCGAUGCGAUUAUGCUUUGUACGUCGGUGCUUCCUCGACAAAUUAUGACACAAUAUGUGAACUGGCUCCGCAAGCUGCAGCUCUAAAGAUGUACUUAAAUGAAACUUUUACAACUCUUCUGUUAGAGGAUAUGACAAUUUGGCAGAAACAUUUCCAAAGUUGGCCCAAAAAAAUGCCUGUUUGUACUCAUGCAGAGCGUGAGAAAACCGCCGCUGUCAUUUUAAUGGCAUCUCUCCUUGAUCGGCCUGUACACAUUUGUCACGUAGCACGAAAAGAAGAAAUAUUAAUUAUCAAAGCCGCAAAAGAAAGAGGUGUUAAAGUUACUUGUGAAGUUUGCCCACAUCACUUAUUUUUGAAUAGUAAUGACAUUGACAAAAUUGGAAAAGGGCGAGCAAAAGUAUGUCCAGUAUUAUGUAGUCCUGAAGACCAAGCAGAACUUUGGCGAAAUAUAAGUAUCAUUGAUGUUUUUGCCACAGACCAUGCACCUCAUACUGUGGAAGAAAAGAAUUCUGAGAAUCCACCACCUGGCUACCCUGGCUUAGAAACAAUAUUGCCUUUGCUACUCAACGCUGUACAUCAAGGUCGUUUGACUAUUGAAGAUCUUAUUAAUAAAUUUCAUCGUAAUCCUCGUAAAAUUUUUAACUUACCAGAACAGCCUAACACAUAUGUUGAAGUUGAUUUGGAUUAUGAAUGGGUAAUUCCAACGUCAAUGGAAUUUUCUAAAUCGAAAUGGACUCCUUUCGCGGGCAUGAAGGUAUGUGGUGCUAUUCAUCGUGUCACAUUAAGAGGUGAAAUAGCAUAUGUCGAAGGUCAAAUUUUGGUUCCUCCAGGAUUCGGUCAAAAUGUUCGCGAAUGGCCAAUGCCUAAAAAACAAACUUUCCAGACGUACUCGAUUGAAAAAGUUGAAAAAGAAAUAAGUCGUCCUAAUUCCGCAUUGGAUAUAAUUACACCUGGGGACCAUCUAAGACAAAGCGAUAUUGACCUAGAUCAAUUGGAGUCUUCAAGAUCAGAAGCUGUUGGAAGACUAAACGUGCAUUUUAAUGAAGUGGCCGGUAUGCGAAACGUAUCCCCUGUUCCACCACAAACAGUUACUAGACAAAGAUGUGAUAGCUCAUCGAAUUACAAUCCACCACAGCCUUCAAUUACACAACGACAACGCAGUGAUUUGUUCGGCAAAAACAUCCUGACUGUAGAUACAUUUAAUAAGGAAACUCUCAACGACAUUUUCAACCUAGCACAAUUCAUGAAGACAAGUGUAAAUAAGGGACGUUAUUUAGAUGACAUCUUACGUGGGAAAGUUAUGGCCUCAAUAUUUUAUGAAGUCAGUACACGUACGAGCUGCAGUUUUGCAGCGGCCAUGCAUAGACUAGGCGGAUCUGUGGUACAUACCGAUGCAACAAGCUCUUCUGCAAAAAAAGGCGAAUCUCUUGAAGAUAGCGUCGCUAUUAUGGCUAGCUAUUCAGAUGUCGUCGUGUUGAGACAUCCUGAACCCGGCGCAGUUUCUCGCGCAUCGAAACUUAGUCGCAAGCCCGUAAUAAAUGCGGGAGACGGUGUUGGUGAACACCCCACGCAGGCAUUGUUAGACGUUUUUACGAUACGAGAAGAAAUCGGUACAGUAAAUGGCCUCACGAUCACAAUGGUUGGCGAUCUUAAAAAUGGACGCACAGUUCAUUCCCUUGCUAGACUUUUAACUCUAUAUCAAGUCCAACUUCAAUACGUAAGUCCGCCGGGACUAGGUAUGCCGAAGCAUAUCACGGAUUAUGUUGCUUCUAAAGGUAUACCUCAGAGAGUAUACGAGCGCUUAGAGGACGUACUAGCUGAUACUCACGUUUUGUACAUGACUAGAAUACAACGAGAAAGAUUCAAAAGCCAAGAAGAUUAUGAAAAGACUCGGGGACUACUGGUUGUGACCCCACAGUUGAUGACCAGGGCUCGUCGUCGUAUGAUAGUGAUGCACCCUCUACCACGUGUCGAUGAAAUUUCAUCAGAAUUUGACUCAGAUCCUCGCGCAGCAUACUUUAGACAGGCCGAAUACGGAAUGUAUGUUCGUAUGGCUCUACUCGCAAUGGUUGCUGGUGUAAAUCCACUUGUGUGAAAUGAUUUCAUUUCAAAAUGUUAUUAUUUGUUCUUGGACAAUAAAUCAAACAUCUAAAA